AUGGGGAAGAGUGUUUUACUGUUAUGUGGUGAUUACAUGGAAGAUUCUGAGGCAAUGGUUCCAUUUCAAGCUUUGCAGGCUUAUGGGAUUGCUGUUGAUGCUGCUUGUCCUGGCAAGAAAGCUGGUGAUGUUUGCCGCACUGCAAUUCAUGACUCUGCUGGUUAUCAGACUUAUAUCGAAUCACGUGGUCACAAUUUUAGUCUCACUGCAACAUUCGAUGAAAUUGAUUUUGGCAAAUAUGAUGGGCUGGUGAUACCAGGAGGACGGGCUCCAGAAUAUCUUGCCGUGAAUGAAUCUGUGUUAGAUUGUGUGAGAAAAUUUUCCAACUCAGGAAAGCCAAUUGCCUCUAUUUGCCAUGGACAAUUGAUCUUGGCGGCUGCAGGUUCAGUAAAAGGUCGGAAAUGCACUGCAUACCCUCCUGUGAAACCUACGCUCAUUGAUGCUGGCGCUCAUUGGGUUGAACCUGAAACUAUGAAAGCUUGCGUUGCUGAUGGCAAUAUCAUCACUGGAGCUACAUAUGAGGGACAUCCUGAGUUCAUCCAGUUAUUUGUGAAGGCACUAGGAGGCAAGAUAACUGGUUCAGAUAAAAAGAUUUUGUUUCUCUGUGGGGAUUUCAUGGAAGAUUAUGAGGUAACUGUUCCUUUUCAGGCCCUUGAAGCCCUUGGGUGCCGCGUUGAUGCAGUUUGCCCCAAGAAGAAGGCUGGGGACACCUGCCCAACUGCAGUCCAUGAUUUUGAAGGUGACCAAACUUACAGUGAGAAGCCUGGUCAUAAUUUCACUCUUACAGCCAGCUAUGAAGGUUUGGAUGCCUCAAGUUAUGAUGCUCUUGUUGUUCCUGGAGGCCGCUCACCAGAAUAUUUGGCACUGGAUGAAACAGUGACUGCCUUGGUGAAAGAAUUCAUGCACUCUAAGAAGCCUGUGGCGUCUAUCUGCCAUGGGCAGCAGAUCUUAGCCGCUGCUGGAGUUCUUAAGGGAAGAAAAUGCACUGCAUACCCCGCGGUCAAGCUGAAUGUUGUCUUGGGAGGGGGAACAUGGCUAGAACCUGAUCCAAUUAGUCGUUGCUACACUGAUGAAAACUUGGUUACAGGAGCUGCUUGGCCAGGGCACCCCGAGUUCAUCUCUCAGUUGAUGGCCUUUCUCGCCUCAAGAAUGGGAAAGAGUGUUUUACAGCUAUGUGGUGAUUACAUGGAAGAUUCUGAGGCAAUGGUUCCAUUUCAAGCUUUGCAGGCUUAUGGGAUUGCUGUUGAUGCUGCUUGUCCUGGCAAGAAAGCUGGUGAUGUUUGCCGCACUGCAAUUCAUGACUCUGCUGGUUAUCAGACUUAUACCGAGUCACAUGGUCACAAUUUUAGUCUCAAUGCAACGUUCGAUGAAAUUGAUUUUGGCAAAUAUGAUGGGCUGUCGAUACCUGGAGGACGGUCUCCGGAAUAUCUUGCCAUGAAUGAAUCUGUGUUAGAUUGUGUGAGAAAAUUUUCCAACUCGGGAAAGCCAAUUGCCUCUCACUGCUAUGGCCAAUUGAUCCUGGCAGCUGCAGGUUUAGUAAAAGGUUGCAAAUGCACUUCAUACCCUCCUGUGAAACCUACACUCAUCGAUGCUGGUGCUCAUUGGGUUGAACCUGAAACUAUGAAAGCUUGCGUUGCUGAUGGCAAUAUCAUCACUGGAGCUACAUAUGAGGGGAAUCCUGAGUUCAUCCAGCUAUUUGUGAAGGCACUAGGAGGCAAGAUAACUGGUUCAGAUAAAAAGAUUUUGUUUCUCUGUGGGGAUUUCAUGGAAGAUUAUGAGAUAACUGUUCCUUUUCAGGCCCUUGAAGCUCUUGAGUGCCGUGUUGAUGCAGUUUGCCCCAAGAAGAAGGCCGGGGACACCUGCCCAACUGCUGUCCAUGAUUUUGAAGGUGACCAAACUUACAGCGAGAAGCCUGGUCAUAAUUUCACUCUUACAGCCAGCUAUGAAGGUUUGGAUGCCUCAAGUUAUGAUGCUCUUGUCAUUCCUGGAGGCCGGGCUCCAGAAUAUUUGGCACUGGAUGAAACAAUGAUUGCCUUGGUGAAAGAAUUCAUGCACUCCAAGAAGCCUGUGGCGUCUAUCUGCCAUGGGCAGCAGAUCUUAGCUGCGGCUGGAGUUCUUAAGGGAAGAAAAUGCACUGCAUACCCGGCAGUCAAGCUGAAUGUUGUCUUGGGAGGGGGAACGUGGCUAGAACCUGAUCCAAUUAGUCGUUGCUACACCGAUGAGAACUUGUUACGGGAGCUGCUUGGCCAGGGCACCCUGAGUUCAUAUGAAAAGCAGAUGAUUUUUGGUUACGAUGUGAAUAAUGUUAGACACAAAGAUCAGGCAAUGGUUCCAUUUCAAGCCUUGCAGGCUUAUGGAAUAGCAGUUGAUGCUGUCUGUCCUGGCAAGAAAGCUGGCGAUUGUUGCUGCACCGCUGUUCAGGACUCUGGUGUCUAUCCUGGCUAUCAGACUUUUACUGAGAAGCGUGGCCACAACUUUAGUCUCAAUGCGACUUUCGAUGAAGUUGAUUUUGGUGAAUAUGAUGGGCUGGUUUUACCUGGAGGAAGGGCUCCAGAAUAUCUUGCCAUGAAUUGUGUGGGGAAAAUUUCUGAAUCAGGAAAGCCAAUUGCUUCUAUUUGCCAUGGACGGUUGAUCUUGGCAGCUGCAGACUCAGUAAGGGAUCGGAAGUGCACUUCAUUGUGUGCUCUGGGACGUGUGCUCAUUGAUGCCGGUGCUCAUUGGAUUGAACCCAAAACCAUGAUGGAUUGUGUUGCUGAUGGCAAUCUCAUCACUGGAGUUAUAUAUAAGGCGCAUCCUGAGUACAUCCAACUUUUUGUGAAGGCACUAGGAGGCAAGAUAACUGGUUCAGAUAAAAGGAUUCUGUUUCUCUGUGGGUAA